UGGGGAAGAAUCACAGGACCGAAAGCAAACGCAGCCCCGCCACUUAAGCUGACCAGUCUCAGAUCGUCGAAUUCUUUGCAGUUAGCGGCAUCUUCAAUUCGCGAUUUAGAAAGCUUCUCUUCAUUCGCGGUUCGGAUUUUCGACGUUUUUUCGAAUUUAAUCUCAUUCUUUGGAACAGAGAGAGCCAGUGAAGGAAUCACUGAUCGGAACUCGCCGUAUGGGACAAGUCUUCCGAAAGCUCUUCGACGCCUUCUUCGGCAAUUCCGAGAUGAGGCAUAUUUUAAGCUGAUUUGACAUUGAUAUUCUGGUUGUAAUGCUUGGCCUGGAUGCUGCUGGUAAAACAACCAUCUUGUACAAACUGCACAUUGGAGAAGUUUUAUCAACUGUUCCAACAAUUGGUUUCAAUGUGGAGAAAGUGCAGUAUAAGAAUGUGAUAUUCACUGUGUGGGAUGUAGGAGGGCAAGAGAAAUUAAGGCCGCUAUGGCGGCAUUACUUCAAUAACACAGAUGGACUGAUUUAUGUUGUUGACUCUUUGGACCGAGAGAGAAUUGAAAAAGCAAAAGAAGAGUUUCAGGCAAUCAUAAGAGAUCCAUUUAUGCUUAACAGUGUUAUCCUGGUGUUUGCUAACAAGCAAGAUUUGAGAGGGGCAAUGACACCAAUGGAAGUGUGUGAAGGACUGGGGCUUUACGAUCUUAAGAACCGAAAAUGGCACAUACAAGGGACAUGCGCUCUUAAAGGAGAUGGCCUUUACGAGGGCCUCGACUGGUUAGCUAGCACUCUCAAGGAGUUAAAAGCCGCUGGAUACACUUCAGUCGGCCCCUCAUCUUUCUAAUUAAGCAGGCUCACCUCAGACACUGAUGUUUGUGCAAAAGCUGAAGAUCUGGCCAUCUGCUACUUUAAGACAUGUUGAACUCUAGGUGGUGGUUUUUGGUUGUGUUUGGAAGGGAGUUGGAAGUUCUUAGGACGCUUGCUUCUGGCCUUAAUUGGGACCUUCAUGUUUCAGCAUCUUCAGUGUAUAUACUAGGACACAGCCGAACCAUUUGGGGUUUAUCCUUGCUUUGGAUGUCCACUAGAAUACUGAUGCCAAGUUGUAAUACGUAAAGGUGGACGAAUGAGUUGUAACGUUGUAUGGCACCUGAGCAAAAUUUGAUUCUCUGUUGUUGAUACCAA